AAAAUGUCCGCCAUCAUCCCUUGAUCACUCACACAAUUCCAAUUGGAAUACCACUGAACCCUCGAGCCCCUCGCGGGAGCGCGCCCGUGAGUGCAGGAGUGCUCAAGUGUUCCAUUUGGGAUUCGACCAACUUCUGGGUUGUAGCCUCAGGACCGUCAUGCAACGCGUCACAUCGACACGGCGAAACAACGUGAAAUCGGACGUAAUGUUUGUGUUGCUCCACCAUUCUUCAGACCCUUCCAGUUUUCUGUGACUUUUAUAACAAAUCCUUGAUUGAAAGGCACCUUCUGACGUCAACCAGCACUGGAUUACUCCUUUAUUUUUCCUUUACCUGAAGAGCUGCCAUUUAGUUGGACAUGUCGGAUAAGGAGGUCGGUCAAGGGAACGAGAGUCCGGGUGAAAAGGGCUUCCGGACUCCGGGACUGAGGGGGGCACAGACCACCACGCUGUUCCGCGCUGUGAACCCUGAACUCUUCAUAAAACCUAAUAAACCUGUAAUGGCCUUUGGAUUAGUGGCGAUAACUUUGUGUGUGGGAUACCUGGGUUACCUGCAUGCGAAGAAAGAAAAUGACCAGCAGCUUUACGAAGCCAUUGACAGCCAAGGAGAGAGAUACAUGAAGAGAAAAACCUCCAAAUGGGACUGAGGACACUGGAUGUUGUGCAAUACUGUGUGUUAAUGAAAGAGAAAAUAUAUUUAUGUAAAUAAAGGGCAGAUGAAUGAAAACAACACCGACUUCAAG